AUGUUGAGAAGAAACAUAAGAUUACGAAAGGAGUACUUAUACCUAAAAAAGGUUGAGGAAGAAAAAAAAAAAUAUGCAGAUAAGAUAAAAAGUAUAAAGAAAAGUUAUGAGGAGAAUAAGAAAAUAAAGAGUGAUUUGAAAAAUGAAGAAAACGAAUUAAGAAAACAGAUGAAUCUGUAUGAUGACAAAUCAUUCAAUAGAAAAUUUGAUGAUGAAUAUUUUUUUUGUGGAAUUGAAAACCCAAGAGUUUUAAUUACAACAUCAAGGAACCCAUCUACCCAAUUGGAAUCUUUUGCAAAAGAAUUUAAAUUGCUCAUUCCAAAUAGUGAAAAAAUAAAUAGAGGAAGUUAUUUCAUCAAAGAUAUUUUAAAUUUUGCGAGAAAAAAUAACAUUACUGAUGUCAUAAUUAUACACGAAUAUAAGGGAAAACCAAGAAAUUUAAUAAUUUGCCAUUUGCCAUUUGGUCCAACUUUAUUUUGUACCAUAAAAGAUUGCAAAAUGAGACAUGAUUUUAUGGAUCAGCUAAACAGCAUGUCUUCAUGCAACCCUCAUUUAAUUUUUCAUAAUUUCAAUUCAGAUUUAGGAAAAAGGAUUAUGAGCAUUUUUAAGUAUUUAUUUCCUCCGGUUAAAAUUAGGAUGAACAAAAGAAAACUCUCAAAGAAUAAAAACCAGAAUGGAACCGAUGCUUCAAGUCAAACACAAUUACCAGUUGCAAACAAUGUGUUAUAUCAAACAGGGGGUCGUAUAGAUAACGAAGAAGAAGAAGAAGACAAUGAAUUACAAAUAGCAUUUAAAAAUAAUGAAUAUAUGAGAAUACAGAAAUUUGAAAAUAAUAGAGUAAUUACAUUUUUUAACAAAAAUGACAUCAUAUAUUUUCGUCACUAUAACUGGGAGACCAAUGAAAAGAAUGAAAUAAUUCUGAAUGAAGUUGGCCCACGAUUUAGUUUUCUCGUUUACAAAAUAAACAAGGAAACUCUGGAUUCUUUGAAUGAGGAUUAUGAGUAUGUAUAUCGUCCCUUUUUAAAUUCAAAGAAGGCCCUUCUCACCUAG